GUCUUGGCGCCAACAACACAGCAUCCUAUCUUUGCGUUUGACAAACUCCCUCGAUUCGCUCUCCCGCUCUCUCCUCAUCCUCAUCACACUCCCCCAUGCUCUCCGCACUCGUCCUCGCCGCGGCCCUCGUCCUUUCUUCCCGCCUCGGCGUGCGCGCACAGGUGGUAGAAUCCACCCUCACGCCCACCAUCACUCCCGCCCCACUUCCUCUCCAAUCUGCCGCGCCCGACUCGCGCGACUGGGACGGUCCCCGCACCUCGGACAUUAUUCUCUUCGUCGCCUUCGUCCUCGGCUGCACCCUCUUCGCCUACCUCUUCUACGCGUACACCGUCAAGCGGCGCCGCCGCGCCCAUCAGGCGCAGUGGGACGGCGCAUACGGCCCUGGCGGGUACGGCGAUGCGCACGCGCGAGCUUUCGCACGCCCCCAGUUUUCCCCGUCCUCGGGCUACGACCCGCUUGCCACGCCCCCCGCGUACACCGAGACACAGUACCCGCCGCCCCCGCUGUACGCGCAAGCGCCGUACCAGCACCAGCCGGACAAGAAUGCUGCGCGGCCGCUGUCGCUCUCGCGCGGGCCAUCGUCCGCCUCGACUUCAACGCUGAUCGGGUACAGCGGACACAAGGACACGGAUAAGAGGUCGCGGCGCUUGAGCGAAGAUGACGAAGAUGAAGACGAGGGCGCGCAGGGUUCUCAGAUUCAGCCGGCGCGCCCACAGCCGGCACACAAGUCGAGCUGGCGGGGCAGAUUCGCGCGUCUUGGCGAUCGGGCGUAGGUUUCGGCAAGAGGCGGAUCGAAAGUAGACUGAGAGAGCACGGACAAUGCCGACAGAUGUUGUACUCAAGUUGAUUUGACGUAAUGUAAGCUACGACGAGUUUGAGGGGGUGAGUCUUGACAUUUCGGUGAGAGAUUGUGAGAUGGGAAAGCGUGAGACGAGAGUGUGUGAGAUGGGGAAGACGGCCUGCAAUGACCUCUGUGUCCAGAAUUCGGCGUCCCACAUUGUGGAUCGCAGGCUGAGGUCCUCACAUGCGGCUGUCACGUUGUAGCGUUGGGGCGCUGCGUGCUGCGCAUCGAGCCGGCGGCCGUUGCUCCGCACGGGCGCGCCG